AGCGAAGGGGGUGCGUGCGUAAAGAAAGGACCUUGCGUCACGUGACCGCUCUGACUCCUGGGCUCAUCAUUUGAGAAAUAAGGGCACAUAACUGUAUGACGAGCAGAAGAAUUGGGUCCCUCCAUCGGCGUGAUUUUAUGCAGAUUAAAUCAUAGGAUGCAAUUGAAACGAAUGAAAGGAUUCUAGCGAUAUUCUCGGAGUAAACGGGAGUUUGUCUGAAAGGGAGCUGAGUUUGAAGUUUGUGCUGUUUGCAAGUGGAGGAAAAUAGUAAACUGUGAUCAUGGCUGAAAACAACUUCCCUCCCCUGCCUCGAUUCAUCCCCCUCAAGCCAUGUUUUUACCAAGACUUCAAUGAAAUCCCAGACCAACGGCGCACAAUGUGCAAGAGGCUCUACUACCUUUGGAUCUUGAACGCUGCCACACUAGCUGUAAAUCUGAUUGGGUGCCUGGCCUGGAUGUGCGGAGGUGGCGGAGCCACAAACUUCGGCAUGGCCUUCCUGUGGCUCAUACUGUUCACCCCUUGUUCCUACGUGUGCUGGUUUAGGCCCAUCUAUAAGGCCUUUAAGACGGACAGCUCUUUCAACUUCAUGGCUUUCUUCUUCGUCUUCAUGGCUCAGGUGGUGAUCAGUAUUAUUCAGACUGUUGGUAUUCCAGGUUGGGGAGUUUGUGGCUGGCUGGCUACCAUCACCUUCUUUAGCACCAACAUCGGCUCAGCCGUAGUAAUGCUUAUUCCCACCGUCAUGUUCACUGCAGUGGCUGUGCUCUCCUUCAUCGCCCUCACAAAGGUUCACAACUUCUAUCGCGGCAGUGGUGGCAGCCUGGGUAAAGCUCAGGAGGAGUGGGCUACGGGAGCCUGGAAGAACCCACACGUCCAGCAGGCAGCUCAGCAGGCAGCCAUGGGGGCUGCUCAGGGAGCCAUGCAGCAGAACCAGUACUCAGCAGCUCCCACUUACAAUUACGACGACCCAAUGUAGGACAGACAAGGGGGCCAGGCAGCAGAGUGGGAGAGCUAAAAAAAGGGAUCAAUUAUGAACACAACUCAGAAUUAGGUGCCCUUCAUUAUAACACAGUAGGUUAAGCUGAAGUCAACAAAAAAUGUCAAGUAUGUUGAAAAUGUGUGUUAUCUGAAAUUUGACAUGUGGGAUUUAUUAUCUUUCGAAAGUUCAUGCUCAUGUCAAAAGUUAUUGAAAGCGCUGUUAUUGUUUUGCUGAUUAUUUUUAGCUAGCCGGCGUGUGUUCAUUUCCAAAUGAUUCAUAAUAUGGCUAAAGGCAGAAGGCUGAGGUUCAUCAGUUUUGCAGGCAGGUUCACAUUUUGUGUUUACAAAGUGACUGCCACUAAUAUGCUCCACUUUUCAUUAUUUCAUGACCUUUUAUGAGUUCCUAAAGGCAUCGUAACAGAAAUGUUGUCUUUAGUGUUUUAGCUUUGAAGGUCACCCAAUGCUAAAGCACUUAUUUCUUAGUUGAUGCACUUUACUAGCUAUUUGGCUCACAAUUUACACAAAAACUACAUAUUAAAAUUAAACGUCAAAUUAAGAAUGAUUGCCCAGUCAAAUAUUAGUCAUAAAUUUUGGGAAACUUUUUUGUCUUUUGCUUUUUGGGUCUAAAUGAAAUUAGAAUAAAUUGAAUGCUAAUUAGCUUGAGUUAGCAUACUGAUGAGAGUGAAACAGCUGGUCUGACUCUGUCCCAAAGAUACCAGAAAAAACUCACCAACAACCCUGAUUCUGUAACUAAAAGGUUUUUGGAGGCAGAUUUUGUUACUUUAAGAUAGUCACACUAGCUCAGGGCAAAGUCAGUCCUUGAAAGCCGCAAUUUAGAUGUCACCUGCUCUAACACACCUGAUUAAAAUUAAAUGGCUCCACAGCUUAAGUUCUUCCCAAUCAUGUUGACCAGUUAGCCUGAUUCAGGUGUUCUGCAGAAAGAAACAUCCAAAACCUGCAGGACAGCAACCCUUGAGGACCGACUUAGCCCAUCCAAGCUGUUUUCUGUUUCUUUCCCCAUUUUUUUUUUCUUUUCUUUUAAGCUAACAGACUGCUUAAUAUUUAAUAUUUUCCAUACAGACAUGCUAAAUAUCUUACCCAUUUAUUGUUUACACAGAGAAGAAAGCAAAUAAAAAUAGUUGUAAUUUUUCAAUUCCUUAGACUUAAUUUUUAAACAAAUUGAUUAGGUGCCACUCAUUUAAUAAAGUUUUAAAAUGGGUAAUGGCAUAAAAUAUACAAACUACACACCUAAACAGGUAGAUGUGGAGAUGCUUCUUUCAGGAUUAAUUCCACAUGUUUAAUUAGAUAUAGUGAUUGAAAUUUGCUCUACCACGUGGUUGAGUAGGACAUUAAAGGGUAAAGUUUUUUGUUUUUUUUUUAAACUGUACUUUAAAUAUUGAAUUUAAUUGUCUGUUGGGAUUUUUGUUGAUGUUGUAAAACCAGAUAAUCAGAAUAUAAAGCUUUUGGUUUGGUGACCUGUAUUUUCAACUGAUGACGAUUCAUCUUAAGCCAACUUUUUUUUAUUUUUUUUUUAUUGUUUUAUAUUCUCAGGAAAGGGAAAGGUAAUAGGGGUUUUUAAGCUCAUAUAGACAUUCAACAUGUUUGGCUUUGUCUUCUUUUAUCCUACUUGGCCAUUCAAGACUUGACUGCUGGUUUUGACAUACAUGCUUGUUAAAUGUGGAGAAGGUAGAUUUAAACUCAAUGUUAUCAUUUGGCCUUCAUGUAAAAGUGAAGCACACACUAUAUUUAGGGUUUAUUGGAUUAACAUUCCACAUCAAUGUUGUACAGGUGAAAAGUGAAAGAAAACAUUUCAGUUGGUGGAAAAAAGUGUGAAUAAUAGUGAUAUUUCUUGUGGGUGGUCAUAGGAUUGUAUGGUAUGAUGGAUCCCUCCCCCCUCAUUCCCUUUACAAAUUCUCCCACUUACCCCCUACAUGUAAAUGUUUCAAUGACUUUGUUUCUGAAGAUCUGAAUUUCAGGCCUCACAGUAGUGUGUCAUUUUGUGGCUGUUGGUGUUAUUACAUGAAUCGGUGUAAUAUAAAAACAGAAUAGAAUAUUAAAUCAAAGCCAAUUAUUUCUUUAUGGAGUGAAAUCUAACAGGAGGAUACUUAUCGCCCUGGUAAGACCUGACGUGUCGAGUUAGAGCCGUGUUGAUUUCAGGGUUUUUGCCUCGUGUCACUUCGAGUCUUUAAGAACUUCGUAAACAUUCAAUAGAUGGUUAUUACAGUAAAAUACAGUAUUAGACUUGAAACAGAUGUGAAGAUACGUAUUUGAAUGCUAGUAAUUUCAAAAUCUGUGAGUUGUCUUGUCUGAUUGUGAUGAUGUGAUAUUUAGUAGUAUGUUUGUUGUUUUACUUUAUGGUUCUUUUUUUUUUAUUAUUAUUAGUUUGGACCAAUCUCUGUUUCUCUGUCUUUUUUGGAUGAAGUGUGGAUGAGUUUGAAGCACACAUUUGUUCUGUCUUUCCAUGGCUGUUACUUUUUUAUUUUAUUAUUCUGUUGAUUUUAACUGUUUGUACUGGCUCACCUGUUUAUAUUCAAUGCAAACUAAAUUCACCAUGAAUUUACAGUGCAGCAAUACUAACAUAAUUAUAUUAAACAUUAAGUCAGGUUCAGUAAAAAGCAGGCAUUUGGAAAUAUUAACAGCUGCAACAUGAAGUGUCAUGGAAUAAAAAAGGGGCCUGCUUUCAACUUGGACUGUGCUAGUAUGAUUUUACAGUGUCAAAACAUUUUCACCAGCAGAUGCACAUACAGUAGUUAUUACCCUGUAAACGACACUACACAUCUGCUCUCUUAGAAAAUGCACAGCUGAUUAUUUCUAUACAUUAAGGACAGCACAAAAAUGAACUAUUUUCUGCAAGUGUAUAAAGUACUGAUGGGGAACUUUCUGCCAUAUGUGUACACGGCACAGUUCAUGCAUUAUAGAAAUUACAGCUGUGUAGUUAGUGUGUAGCAGGAACUGCAUUGCAUCAGACAGGCAACACUUUUCAUGUCGCUGUAUCAAAGCUUCUACAAGCCAUUUCCAAUAACCUUUCCCAUGUUCCCACAUGUACUGUACUGUAUGUUGUAUGAAAUGUAUUAUCAUGUACUAUAUCAUGAGUAGUUAUGAAUAUAUAAUUACUGGAAGUAAAUAUUUGCCAUGGAUAAACACACUCAGUAGGAACGUGCUCUGAUUAGAUGAAUGAAAUGUUUGAUGGGGCUGAGUCUUCAUAGGUGACGUAAAUGAGGAAUACAUUUUUUUGUGAAUUACUUUUGUAUUAUUUGGUCUUAUCCUAAUAGAUAUUAAAUAGUUCUUGUUGCA